CACAAAGCGAAUAAAAACAGCAUCUCCAGCUCUGCACCAGGGUGAGUUGCUGUUUCUCCUCAUCGUACAAGUCAACAGUAAAGCGCAUCAUCUGCAGUGUUAAGGGGCGAAAAAAAAAUGGCAAAGAAAGUGUUGCUUGUGUAUGCCCAUCAGAGCUCUGGCUCAUUCAACGCCGCUGCCAAAGAUGCUGCGGUGAAGGCAUUGAAAGCUCAGGGGUGCACAGUGGAAGUGUCCGACCUGUAUGCUAUGAAGUUUAAGGCCUCUGCUACUGCUGAAGACAUCACUGGUGAAGUUCAGAAUGCAGAACACUUCCGUUACGCAGAGGAGACCAAACUGGCGUGGAAGGCCGGGAAGCUGGCUGCUGACAUCGUUGAAGAGCAACGUAAAGUCACUGAGGCAGAUCUUAUCAUCUUUCAGUUUCCCAUGUACUGGUUCACUGUUCCUGCAAUCAUGAAGGGCUGGUUUGACCGGGUGCUCACACUGGGCUUUGCCUACGGACAUGAUAAGAGAUACAGCAGUGGAAUCUUCAAGGACAAGAAGGCCAUGCUGUCUUUCACCACCGGUUCUCAGGAGUCGAUGUUCAGUGCAAAUGGCAUCAAUGGAGACAUGAAUGUCACAUUGUGGCCACUACAGAACGGUAUUCUCAAUUACUGUGGCUUCCAGGUUCUGGCGCCUCAGAUCUUCUGGGCUCCAUCUCACAUCACAACUGCGGCCCGCAAGACCAUGCUGGAGGCCUGGUGCGCCCGAAUGCAAGGCCUGCUGGAAGAAGAGCCCCUUACCUUCACGCCCUCUGACUGCUUUGACGGGGAGAAGGGUUUCCAGCUGAAGCCUGAGUUCCAUGAGAAACACGCCAACAAGGAGUUUGGACUGACUUCGGGGAUCCACCUGGGAAAGCCACUUCCACCAUACAACCAGAUGAAGGUUGGAGUGUGAACACGGCGGAGCCUCACUUGGUGCCAUUCCUGUGUGGUUGAAAUAAAUAUUGUGACUUGAAGUACA